AUGAUAGAGGGCUGGAUGGCUGGCGUAAAUCUACGAUUGGCCCACCAUAAGACGGAAGCGGUGAUGAUCAGUAACCGCAAGGCGGCCUUAGAGGCCAAAAUUAUCGUUGGAGGACAAGUGAUUGUCUCCAAACGAAGUGUGAAGUACCUGAGUGUUAUGGCUGACAACAGGCUGAACUUCACCAGACACGUGGAUUUUGCUUGCGGUAAAGCGUCAACAGCGGUUACUGCGCUGUCCAAGAUUAUGCCGAACUGCUUUGGACCUAGCAGUAGUAAGAGACGUCUGAUGGUCAGCGUUGCCAUGUCGGUUCUAAGGUAUGGUGCACCUGUAUGGGCUCCGACUUUGGAUAGUAAGUGCAAUCAAGCCUGUCUGAACAAGGUGUUCAGGCUGUUGGCAUUGCGUGUAGUGUGCGGCUACCGUACUAUAUCGUUGGAUGCGAUCGAGGUCAUUGCAGCUAUGAUUCCCAUAUGCAUACUUCUAGGUGAGGCCAUCGAGUACCAUAGGCAAAGGAGCGUCAGGGGUGCUAGGGACAGGGCUGGACUCUAUUAG